UGCGAGAGGAAUUUGCGCGUUUUCCCGGGAAACCAGGCGGACUGGACAUUACAAAGCCACGCUAACACCGCAUACGCACUUUACCCAAAUGUACGAUGCAAAAUAAAUAAAAACAAAAAAAAAAUCCCAAUUUCCGUCGGUGAUCGUUAAUAGCAUCCCAAAACUUAGAAUUCUUUAUCCUUCAAAAGAGCAGUAGGUAAGAACCCAAUUUCAAUUUCCUCCAGAUUCAGAGAAUUACAGAAAUUAAUCAUCCACUCCCUGACUUCUCUUGCUUUAGAACCUCAAGCAGAAGGUUCUACACGGAGGCCCAAGAUCUUUUUGUCAUUGAACUUUUUUUUUGGGAUGAAGAUUUAGGAACCCCAAGCAUUCCAACAUUUUCAAAGUCGCGUCGUCUGAGCCUUUACCAAGAUGGCAAAUUUGAGAAGGGCUCUUCUUUUCACCAUUCCUCGCAUUCUUAAUUCCUCGAAUCAGACCUCAAUUGCCACCUCCACAAUGUCCUCUCACAAUAUUUACAGGCCAAUUCUUGGUUCAUUGCCAUGUUUUUAUUCUUCAAAUCAGGCACUGAAUAUUGAUCUUUCCAAUGAAGAAAGCAAGAGGCGGUUGUUUAAUAGGCUGCUCUACAGGAGCAGACAAAGAGGGUUCCUGGAGCUGGAUUUGAUUCUGGGGAGAUGGGUUGAAGAUCAUAUUCAUUCUAUGGAUGAAAAUGGAAUUAAAGCCCUUGUUCAUGUCCUUGACUUGGAAAAUCCGGACUUAUGGAAGUGGUUGACUGGUCAGGGGCAACCUCCAGAGGCAGUAAGAAUGAAUCCUGUUUUUGCUGAUGUGCAGAAAAGGGUAGUGAACAAUCUGAACAGCCAUGCUUCUCCAGAGACGAGAGCAACUCCUGGGCAGCCAUGGGUGAGGGGGUGGGAUGAUUUCAAGAAAGGACGUGAUGGCCCAGCGGUGGGGAAUCAGUAACGAUAUUUGAUCCUGAAGGGCCAGCUGUUGCCGUUCUCUGUCAUGCCGGCUGUAGCAUAGAGCGACACUAGAAUAUAUUUACCUAAAAUAAAUCAUGUUAUUAGUACUGUGUUUUUUACUUUGUGAUAAGGCUGUGCAUGAGGGAGACUGUAUUAGAUUUGAAACACACGCUGUAACAAGUACAAAACGUAAUAGCAUUCCAUGACAAGCUAUGCCUUUAUCGUCUUCUACAUGAUGCAGCAAUUUGUAUUGUGGGUGUCAA